ACCGCACCAACCCGCAACCACCCGCGCAGCGAGUUAGACUUGCCCAGCACCAGGCAUAGCGCGGACCCGUCCCCCUCUACCCCCUCCCUACCCUCCACCACCCGCGCCGUCCCUACGCCGAAUGUUUAGCUCGCUGCGGGGGGGUGAGGAAAGCAAGGCAGGAAGGGUGGGUUGCAGGCCUGCUGUCGAGAAAAUUUGCUCGGAGAGGAAAAAGCUACUGAUCCAGGCGUCAAAAGAAUUUCUUUGUCAUUGGACUGUCCGUUCCUGAUCUUCAUGUCCUACAUAAUUGCUGACCAAUCUAGGAAUGUCAUCUUUACCAUUGGAUCCAGAACUGGAGUCUCGCAUAAAGAAAGGUACAGAAAAAAUUUCUGAGAACAUGCAUAUUGUGGCGAAUGAGCCAUCACUAGCAUUCUACCGACUUCAGGAGCACGUUCGGAAAUCUUUACCGCCCAUGGUUGAGAAACGGGUUGAAGUAGUCCAACUCAAUCAUGAUCUACAAGGAUGUUUGUAUGAUGUGGAGUAUGGUGUGAGUGCCGUUAAGUCAAUAGAAAAGGCAGAAGAAAGCUUUUCGAACAUCAAGGAGCUCAUGAAAAAUGCAUUAAUUUUCAAACAACAAUUAAGACAAGAAGAGAUGAAAAGGGGUAAGAAAGAGCUCACUUCAUCAUCGGUAUAUCGAAGAUUGUCAGCUCAUAUUUCUCUUGCGGACUAUUCUUCAAAGUGAACUUUGACAAGAAACAAUUGUGAUAUUAGUUUUGAUUGUGUCAAAUGUAGAAUACUAAUACCUCCCUAACAUCUUGGAUUGUUCCUUUAUUGCCACUUUGUGGCACUUUUGUUCAAAGUUGUGGUUUAAAGUUCCAAAUCUAUAUUUCUAUUAUUAGCCAAGACUGACUUAUCUUUACCUUAUUCUAUUCUUUUCAAAGAGGGUAGGGGGAACAUAAUAAUAAAAAACCUUUUAUAAAAUUCUUCUAUUUACAAUAUUAACAAAACAGAUCAAAGUAAUAAACUCAUUAUGAACUA